AUGUGUACGGCAAACGGCGCCGAAAUGUGUUGGCCCUUAUCGGCGACAAUUGCGCCACGAGCCGUGCCUUUACUCGCUUGGCUGGCAUCACUAUGCGGGUCGACGCCAGCGCCUACGACAACCACAGCGACCACAAUGCGACCUGCAUGGUCGGAUCGGUUUCAUUUGAAACCGACUACGUGA